AUGUCUGCAAUCUAUGACAACUGGGAGAGGCUUGUUGAUGCUGUUCUCAAGAAACAACAGCUAUGGCAGCUUUUUCACGAUCAUUCAAGGAGCCCCAGCGUCCUCUCUGAAGCUUCGAAUUUUAGCUCCAGCUUCAACUCGAGGGCCUCACUUGAUGACCUGGCCCUUGACCUUGCGAGACUUGGAAGUUUAUCGACGUACCAGAGAACUACGAAGCUGAUUUUCGUUUCGUAUUUCAGUCACUCCAUCAAUUUCGAGCAUGUACAGCUGGCCUCUUCUGAGUUUCUGGGCAGGGGAACCUUCGGGAGCGUUUAUGUUGCUACAAUGGACAACGGGGUAGGAAUCGUGGUCAAGAGACUCGACCCGACGAGUGUUUCACAAAAGGAGUUCAAUCGCCAGAUGGCGAUUGUUGGAGGUGUUAGGCACGUGAACGUGGUUUCAUUGCGGGCUUACUACUCUUCGGAAGAUGAAAGACUCAUACUUUAUGAUUAUUACCGUUUGGGGAGCGUGUAUUCGCUCUUACAUGGAAGAAAUGGUAAACCUCGUGCUAACGUGGACUGGGAAAGCAGGCUAAAAAUCGCGAUUGGUGCAGCCCGGGGUAUUGCUGAAAUACAUAAGCAUAAUGGCGGGGAACUUGUCCAUGGAAACAUAAAAUCGUCAAAUGUUUUUCGCAAUCCUGACCAGUAUGGCUGCAUAUCAGAUCUCGGUCCGACUAGCUUGAUACAAACAGCAUUCGAGCCAACUGCAUAUUACUAUGCUCCUGAAGUAAAGAGUUCCCAGAAUGUGUCCCAAGCAUCAGACGUAUAUAGCUUCGGGAUUAUGUUACUUGAACUUCUCACUAGAAAGCCCAGCGUUCAUUUCCCUGGUGGCCCGAAGGCUGUUGACCUAGUCAAAAUGGUUACUUCCAUAAGGAACAAGAUUAGGGCUGCUAAUGUAUUUGAUGCAGAUCUGUUGAAGCAACCCACCAUAAAAGACCAGAUGGUUAAAACAUUACAGAUAGGGAUGAAAUGUGUUGAAAAGUCGAUGAAGAAGAGACCUAGGAUGUCUGAAGUAGUGAAGAUGUUAGAGGAAAUUAGUUCCUUGUACCCCAUAAGUGGUUCUCCUGUGGCAAGAAAACUUGUUUUUAUUGAGGAUCCUAAACCCACAUUUGAUCUUGAGGAUCUGCUCAGGUCUUCUGCUGAGGUUCUUGGGGAAGGAACAUUUGGGAGUUCUUACUUGGAAGGAACAUUUGGGAGUUCUUACUUGGCAAGAUUGGAACCUGGACACACAAUUGUGGUGAAGAGAAUGAAGGGCGUUGUUCUUUCAUUUAAUAAUUUUCAGCAACAUAUGGAUAUGAUUGGAAGAAUGGUGCACAAAAAUGUUGCGGAAGUGAGGGCCUACUACUAUUCGAAAGAUGAAACACUCUUGGUUUAUGAUCACUAUGUUCAGGACAGUGUAUCUGUUGCGCUGCAUGGGAAACUAGGAACUGAUGAGACCCCUCUAGACUGGGAGACCCGCUUGAAAAUUGCAGUGGAUGCAGCCAGGGGCAUCGCUCACAUUCAUAGUAAAGAUGGCCGGAAGCUCGUUCAUGGUAACAUUAAAUCCUCAAACAUCUUCCUUAAUGGACAAAAACAUGGCAUUAUAUCCGAUGUUGGUCUGGCAAAGCUGGUAAGUCCCGUCAGAAGAUCAGUUAUGCCAAAUCCAGGAUAUUACGCCCCUGAACUUAGAGACACGGGAAACGUGUGCCAAUCUUCUGAUGUCUACAGCUUUGGAGUUCUUUUGCUUGAACUUCUCACCGGAAAAAAAACAUCUCAAAUCAGUGUGGAUGAAUCCAAGACCUUCUCGCUGGUUGACUGGGUUAUAUCCAUUGCUCGUGAAGAAUGGAUUGCCGAAUUGUUUGAUUUAGAGCUUCUGAGGUAUGAUAAUGUCGAGAAGUCAAUAGUACAGACAUUACAAAUAGCAAUGGAAUGUGCUAGCAGUGUCCCUGAACGCAGGCCUAGGAUGUCUGAAGUAGUGAAGAUGUUAGAGGAAAUUAGUGGCAUCGAGCCAUUAUACGAAUCUGGUUCAGAAGAUUCAUGGGAGCAGCCAACCAUAGAUUCGAGAUUGGAAGAUCUAUUGGAGGAUCUGUUGCCCACUUUUACAUAA